GGCUCAGGAAGAUAGCGAAAGCGCCAAGUCCAAUCCCUUGUUCUCACAAUUCACUCCUCUCAGUGAAUGCGCUUUCAAAAUAGUAGCGGUACUGUAUCAUGGGUUUCCCAUCGUGCUUUGGAGGACUCUCUCUGGUGUUGGCUUUGCUGUUGCAGGAGCCAGCAAGUGGAUUUACUACUUUGCCGUGGCUUCCUCGGAAAGCAACCUUUCAACUUUCGGCAGUUGCUCAAGAGACCAGUGCUCUGAAAGUCGAAGAUCCAAGCCUGCUUCGCAAUGUCGGCAUUGUGGGUCACUCGCACCACGGCAAAUCGACGCUGAUGGAGUGGAUGUUGUACGAUGAAAACGUUUUGACCAAAACGCCCACGCGAGCUCAUAGCAGCUUGGAUGCAGAUCCAGCCGAAGCGCAGAGAGGCAGCAGUGUCUUUAGCCAUUACGGCAAGUGUCCUCACAAUGGACACGUCUUGGCGCUCACCGAUACACCCUGGGGCGAUUUCCCCGCUGACGCUCAAGCCAGUGUCGAUGGAACCGAUGCUGCGGUACUGGUCGUGUCCGCGGCGGAUUCCGUCCAGUCCGGGACUCUUUCGGCAUGGCAGCACUGUGCCAGUCACCACAUUCCAGCUAUGGUGGCACUGACCAAGUUGGAUAGACCCUUUUUGCAGCUUUCAAGAGUCCUGCAAGAUAUGGAAGACGCGUUUGGAAUCAAACCGUUACCCUUGCAAGUCUUGUCGGGAGAACCAGAUGAUUACUCGGUGCUACCCUUGUUCCAGUUACAAGACGAUUCAGGAGACUUGAUCCAAAAUGCACAAGUCGCCAACAACGAAGAGUUACAGCUAGCAUGGACGGUUCUAGAGGAAGCCGUUGCCAUGACGGAUGAUGACCUACUCGUGGAUUAUCUGGAGGAUGGAGAACUCACGACAGGACAGGUUGUACGCGGCCUCCAAAAGGCUGUUCUACAGCACAAGAUACUCCCAUUGGUGUACACGUCUGCCGAAUCCGAUACGGGUGUGCGAGAACUCAUGGAUAUCGUUGUGGGUGUCUUGCCCAGUCCCUUGGACACAAGAGAUGAAGCCAUCCGAAUGGCAUGUGAACAGGAAGCCGCCAAAUGCGAUUUGAAGCCCGGUAUUGAAGCCGGAUUCUGUGCGCGGGUAUUGCACACCACCAUCAACUCUUUUGGGAGCCUCAGUGUCCUGCGUGUCAUUUCCAAUUCGGUCCAUGACACAAACGAUGCGUUUGCUUCGCUCCCUCACGAAGUUGUCAAUCUACGAAACGAAGAAACCAUCAAAAUGCCGUCCGUGGCCACGUCCUUUAGUCUCAGUGGCAAGGAUCGAGUGUCCUUGCAAGAUGGAAUGGCCAUCGUUCCCGGAGAUGUCAUUGCUGUGCCCAAAUUACCAGAAUCGGUACAUACCAAUGAUAUUCUCAGCAUUCCAGAAGCACAGGACGAUGAACUCUCCGAAAUUCUAUUGGAAACCCAAGCCAAUGUACUGACACCGCUCAGUCGUCCCGUCGAACAGGUCGCACUCAUGACGGCCGCCACCGUCACUUUUGCCAGUGGGGACACAUCCUCAUCUAAACAGAGCAAGAAAAAGAAGGGCGGAAAUAAAAACAACAAUAACGACGAAAAACUGGUCAAUGCAUUGCGCAGCUUGGCCCGUGAAGACUUGGCACUAAGGCUGGAACAAGAUGCAGCAUCCGGCAAACUCAUGGUGCAUUGUAUGUCGGCGGAGCAUUUGCAACUAUUGGCACUGCGACUUGAGGAUCGGUACGACUUGCAUGUGGAAUUUGGUCAGCCUCCGGUCGCUUACCGAGAGACAUUGGUCAAACGCGUCGUCAAGGUGGAAGGCAAACACAAAAAGCAAUCCGGAGGGAGUGGUCAAUUUGGCGUUUGUUUUAUUGAUAUGGAACCGUUGGAGGAAGGAGCGGGCAUUGAGUUCGAGUCAAGAAUUAAAGGAGGAGUCAUUUCCAAGACAUUCAUUGCGUCCGUAGAAAAGGGAGUCCGAGAACAGUUGCAGGCAGGAGGUCCUUUGGGCGGAUUCCCCGUGACAGAUGUCAAAGUCACAUUGGUGGAUGGGAAAAUGCACUCGGUGGAUUCCAAGGACAUUGCCUUUCAAUCUGCUGGGAAACAGGCCGUGAAAGCAGCCUUGGAACGCGGCAAAACACGUCUCCUGCAACCCAUGGAGAAGGUGACUUUUUCGAUUGAUACAAGCUUGCAAGGUGAUGUCAAUAGCAUUGUUUCUCGCUUCGAUGGAUACGUCCUGAGCUCGACUCCUGGCGAAGUGGGAUCGGAACUCGAAAUGGAAGCCAUUCUUUGCAGUGCGAGUAUUGGUCAGGUAUCCGACAGUUUGCGAGCUGCUUCCGCUGGCGAAGGUAGUUUCACGUCGGAGUUUUCCCAUUACCAGCCGGUGCAGGACGAUUUGGUCAAGGGCAUCGUAGGAGAAAGCCAUGACGACUGAUUCUUCCGGGCCCAGUGCAGCUAUAUCGUUGAACGAACGCGCUUCCGUUGUGAAAACAACCUAACACACGCAUUAUCUACUGUUGUAACAAAAGAAGAAACUAAACAUGCAAACAUGAAUCC